AUGUCUGUCUAUUUUGGUCAAGUUGUUAGAAACUCCGUCAUGAGCUUCUAUGAUUACCUCAUGACAAGUUUGACGCUCUUCACACCAGUCAUUGAGAGCAAUGUUCAACCCAGACGCUCCAGAAAGAUCAGGACCAGACCUACAGUAUCCAAAAUGGUCACCGACGCCGUCCUGUCACCAGAAGACCUGCUGAAAUUGGCUGUCAAAAAGCUCCGUGUUUUGAAAAAGGAAGGAGGCAGUUGGAGACAAGAAGCACUCCAAAAUGUGUUGGUUUUGAAGCUGUACAAUCACAUUGAGGAAAGCAAUAAGGAGCUGAAAACUAAGAAGGAAGUGUUGGAGGAGAGCUCGUCUUCUGUUUAA